AGAGCCCACGACGACGACGACGACGACGGCGACGACGACGACGGCGACGACGACGACGACGACGACGAUCCCGGGCACAUGUGUCGAACCUGAAAUAUGUAGGCGUGGUCUGGACGGUGCUAGCAGACGCGUCCCGACGAGCGAAUAUGUUCACCCCGUUGCUACGCUCCACCCCCGUAUAACGCUGCAGACACUGCCAUUGGCCAGUGCCACCCUCGUCGCGCCUCCACCUGCCACGCUCGCGCUACCCUACGCGACGGCUACCCCUAAAUACGGGGGAUGCGCGAACAGCACCCUCAUUUUAACGCGAACCACCGAUACGACUCCGAGUGUUCGCCACUUUAGUGCGCCCCGGACUGUACACCAGAUCGGUGGGUCCGUUAGGGGGUGUUAGUUCUGUUCUUUGUGGCUUAUUUCGGACUCGCGUGCUUGCGAGAAUCGGUUUUGGCAAGAGAGCCUUGUGAGAAAAAGUGUAGCCUGAUGUCUUAGGGAAGAUCGAAGAAGAUCCAUCCUGAGGUAUGGGAAACGUGGUUCGACCAGUGUAGCUCAUAGACCGCGUGUACUUAGAAGAAAACCAUUGCCAUCAUAAUCUGGUUGAUCAUCCGGAGCGAGCAGGAUGACAAUGGAAGAUCGCACGGGUGGCAUCGACCGUGCCACCCCCGCGACCUCGACGCCGGCCACGACGGCACUGACGUCGGCGUGCCCCGCUACCAUCAGCGACGUCACGCCCGACGCUUCGUAUCCCCUUCAACGAGCUAGCAAGCGCUCCUUCGACGUCGCUUUUCUCGUGGCACCCGAUGAGAACCUGGCGCGUCGUCAGAACGAAAAAUUACGAUUGGUAACCGGCCGAAAGGACCGUCUGCGAGACGACAUCUCCGUCGACAACGUUCUGGACAUUGAUCGGUUGCCGCAAAAUCUUACUAUCAAGCACUACGACAACGAUUCCGGCAGUUCGGAGAGAAGAAGAUUGUUGCAAUGCACUGAAAACUCGUUGAGUCCACCGUACGUAUCGCCUAGAACUUGACGCUUGACGCCAACCUUGCCAGGGCUUUCCCCGGAUUCCGAUGCAAGAAGAUACGCGCCGACCAGUGGUCGGCUUCAGAAAACCCCGAGCCCACCUACCUUCGUUAGCCAUCAUCAAUCUAUGUUAACCUGCCCGGAAUCGACCGAAUCUUCGGUCUUGGCCUGCGCAAAGGUUUACGAAACUGGUAUCUCUUGCGUAACCGAUCGUCACGGUGAAUCCCGUAGUGCCUUUACGAAGGUAAAUUUGGUCGGACAGCGGAAUGGUUUCAAUGACGACGGCCAAGCGUCGCCGAGGUCGUCGAUAUCGCCGGAUGAUCGCGCGAGUUAUCAAAGCAGCGUCAGUCCGCCGGUGGUGUCGUUGCCCGGUGCGACGAGCUACAAGUAUGCGCCGUUUCCCACCAAAAUGGCGUACCCCUUUCUGACUAUGGGAGCGGAGACCGGUCAGACGGGGCUGCUGGAGAACCUGAAGAUCCCGCAAAUCGCUCACCCGCCCAAAGUGCCCAGUCCGAAGGUACCCACUUUCCGACCGGAUCUUCCACCGGUCUAUCCCAAUCUUCCCUAUAACCCUAUCUCCGUGUUCCCACCGAUGGCGGACGCUCUCGCCAGGCCGAGAUUCCUGGCUACGGCCGCCGGAGUGGCCGGCCUCCUGCCACCGUCGCUCGCAGCUCUGACUUUACCGGCGCAGAACGUCUGCGCCAAGUGCAACCUGUCGUUCCGUAUGACUUCCGACUUGGUCUAUCACAUGCGCUCUCAUCACAAGAGCGAGAGUGUGGGCGAAGCGGCGAGGAGGAGGAGGGAGGAAAAGCUCAGGUGUCCUGUCUGCGACGAGAGUUUCCGCGAGAGGCAUCACCUCACUAGACACAUGACUGCUCAUCAAGAUAAGGAGAGCGAUGGAAUCGUUGACCAGGUCGAAAUCAAGAGGAGGACUACUACCGUUCACAGUAAGUGACGACGAAAACUGCCGAUCGGAGACGAUAUUCUAAGAGCUGGCUAUUCCUAAGAAUUGACUUGGUGCGUAACGAGAAGUAGGGGUUAUAGGGUUUGUGAUAAAAAUAAAAAUGUUGUCCAUUUAUCAUUACUUCUUGUUAGAUUGAGAAACAAAUCGAAACAUCGCUUCUUGCAACAAGAAGAUUCCAGUUAUUACUUAUCGGAAGUAUAAAAAUUUAAUAUUGUGUUCUCAGUAAUUGAACGAAGUUUGCACAUCUUUUUCAUCGGGAAUAUAUGCAAUACGCAAAUGUACAAGGAUAGUUUUUACUUACGUAUCAAUUUGCUAAUUUGAAAUCAAUUUUUCCUUAACAAAAACAUCAACCAAUUAAAUUUUUAAGUUAUUUAUAAUUGUAGAUAUAUGGAUAUAUCUACGGUAAGAUAUAUGGAUAUACAGAUUUAUGAUUCGAAAAUUGAUAUAUGUUUUUGCUAAGGAAAAAUCGAUUUAAAAUUGAAUUUAAAAAACUAAAAAAAAAAGAAAGGAUGCUCCUUGAAUCUACGACAUUCUGUAUAGAUCUACUAUUCUGGGAUUUACAUUGUAUACGUGUGUAAUAAGGGAACUUUAAUGUCUACAUAGAAAAAUUAAUAUCUAUGAAUAUGUUGGUCCAUGUACACGAAUAUUCUAGUAUAAUUCAUGCACUGCGCGGUGAAGACAUUCCCUGUCUAGUCAAUAUUAGGUAGGAACAAUUUGUAAAUAAAUUUAAUUUUUUAGUAAGUAAAAUAAGAGUAAGUAAAAUAAAAGUUAUCUGUAAAGAAAAGCUGAAUGCGA